AUGGACCAUUCGCUGGAUCAGACGACCCUAGCCACAAUCUCGUUGCUCGAGGCGCGCCUGCUUCGUAUCGAGCACAUCCUCUACGGGCCAUCAACACCCCCUACAGAACCGCCAGCCGAGUCGGCAACAACCUCGCUCGCCGAGCUCGAGCACCGCUUCAACCAGCUCUUGCGCCACUUCCACAAAUCCCACCCGACCCUCUUCCAAUCGCCCUCCAACCCCCCCUCCAUCGCCACCACACCCACGCCCGCCGCAACAAUACCCACCCAACUGCCCCCGGAAGCGGUGCGCGCCACGGUGCUCGCCUACGCGUCGGCCUUCCCCACAACCGCGUCGGCGCUGACGGCGGCGACCACCGACACGCCGGUGCCGGACGCGCAGCAGAGCGCGGCGCUGGCGGCGCUCGGCCCGCGGCUGCGCGCGGUCGCGGCGCUGCAGCGCGCGCAGUCGGCCGAGAUGGCGGCGCUGCGGCGGCGCAGCGAGCGCGCGCUGCGCGCCUGGUACGAGGGCGGCGUGCUGCGCUACGGCGACGUCCUCGCCGACGUCGAGGGCCGGUUCGAGAAGGUCGAGCGCGCGGUGCGCAGGGCCGCGAGGGCGAGGGAGGAGGAGGGUAAGGUUUGAUGAGCGUCUGUUUGUUUGUUUGUUUGUUUGUUAAGUGGCUGCGGAAGGGGAAUACCGGGGGAUAUUCGGGUGCAGCAAAGCACCUGCACACAGGUGGACAAGAGAAGGGGACACAACAACCGCCAACGGUCCUCCUAAACCACCUCUGUGGUUGCCCGUUUUGGAGCGUCCUGGGAAACCAGAUCCUUAUUUGGGCACGGCUGGCCUCCUUCACUCCGUCCGACACCUUGGGGUAUCUGCUGUUUGUGGAGGGAGGGAGCGCGCAGCAGCUGGGGGUGGUGUUCGGCUCUGCAUUGGCCAUGCGUUGUUGAAGACCGGCGAUCCAUAUGGGUUAGCAGGCCACAUAUCACCGGGAGAGCUGGCGGCGCCAGCCGGCCUCCCGUGCAGGCUGUGCUAGGUACCGGAAGCUGCGGAGCCGAAUCCGCCCAUGGAGCAGCAGGACCGGCGGUAUGUGGGGUGGAACCGGGCAACUGUGGCCGUGGCCCGGCGUUUGCCGGUUUCCCUCUCAGGCGGCGGAAGUUCGCGAACCGCCUCAUCGGUGUAUGCAUGUAUUUAGUACCUUCGUAUUGAGGUGGCGGCAGGAAUCACCGUCUACCCUGCAUAUCAAGCCCCGCGGAUGACAA